GUGACGGCGGAGCAGCAGCUAACAGGCAGAUGCUCGGAGCUCCAUGACGGAUCUCCAAUAGCACCCGGACCGGACGCAUGUUUUUGUCCCAGACUUGUCAUAGAGGCUCGGUUGUGUUUGCACCGUUAACCCAGCGCGGAACACGCACCGGAUCUCCCGCAUGUGACCCGCAUAACAUGCAUUGGAUUUUUUUAUCCCUGGGAGAAACACUGAGGCUGCAGCAGCACAACAGCAGAGUUACCCAUGCCCUGACACACACUGAUCUGCAAACAGACCGUGCCCUCCAAUCAAUCCAGUCAUCUGUGUGAGGCCGGACAAAGCCUGAGCCCUGUCGCCAUGGAUGGACCGUUCACCAUGUGUAGCACCCCCUUGUGGUGUGGAGGAAUGAGGGCGUCUGGAUGAAGGCCAUGGAGCUGAAAGUGUGGGUGGACGGAGUUCAGCGCAUCGUGUGCGGCGUCACAGAGUUCACCACAUGCCAGGAAGUGGUCAUCGCUUUGGCACAAGCCAUAGGACGCACCGGCAGGUACACUUUAAUUGAGAAAUGGCGUGACACAGAACGCCACCUGGCCCCGCACGAGAACCCUGUGGUGUCGCUCAACAAAUGGGGUCAGUAUGCCAGCGACGUGCAGCUCAUCCUGCAGCGGACCGGCCCGUCCGUCAGCGAGAGGCCGAACUCUGACGGACAAACCCGGGUCCCAGAGAGAGGUUUCUACCGUCAGAGUCUGCCACCUCUGGCCAAGCUCCGGCCCUCAGGGACCGACCGCUCGCUCAAACGAAGGGAACCCAAACGCAAAUCCCUGACCUUCACCGGAGGGGCCAGAGGUCUGCGGGACAUGCUGUGGAAAAGCAGAGACACUGAAGCCAAACAGCCGCAGCCCCGAGGUGUAAGUCUGAACCUGUGCAGGGUUGGAGGUGUUGGAUCUCCAUCUGUACCGGGGAGUCCAGCCCGAGAGCUGAGGCGGCUGGUGCAGCUGCAGAGAGACAAGCUGCAGGCUCUGGAGGGCCGACUGCUGGGAUGUGAGGCCGACCUGAGAGACUGGGAGGAGGUCGCUGGAGAAGCUGAUGAUGGAGGCAGCCUGGAGGAGGAGCUGCAGAUCCUGGAGCAGCAGGUGAGGAGGAACGACGCAGAGAUGGAAGAGGAGGAGUUCUGGCUGAACGAGCUGCAGAUCGAGCAGGAGAGCGAGCGGCAGCUCCGGCAGCAGCUGAGCGAGCUGCAGGGCCGAGUGCGGGACUGUGAGGCCAAACUCUCAGAAUACCUGGCACACAUACAGGGCAUGGAGGGAGGCAUGGAGCAGGAGCGUCUGCAACAGGAGUCCGAGCUCCACCAGAGGGUCAACGAGGAGGAGGUGCAAGCCCAGCUGGAGAAGGUGCUGGCGGAGCUGGAGGUUCAGAGCCAGCACACAUCGCGGCUGGAGAGCAGCUGUCGGGCUCUGGAGCGCUCGCUCGGCCAGUCCAGCCAGAGACUGCAGGAGAAGGAGGAGGAGCUGGAGCAGCUGACUAAAGAGCUCCGACAGGUCAACCUGCAGCAGUUCAUCCAGCAGACCGGGACCAAGGUCACCGUGCUGCCUGCCCAGCCUGCAGGAGACAACAGCAACGAAGUGGACUCUGGUUCUCUGAAGAGACUCGGCUCUUCUCGGCUCUUACCCAGCGACCUGCGAGCCCUGAGCACCGGGACGUCCGGACUCAACCCUGAAGGCAUCUACGUUUGAAACACGAGACACGGUUUAAUCAGAAAGUGCUGAAACGUAUUGGAGCCACCAGCGUGGAGAACGUUGGAAAAACAUGAAAUAGAGGAUGAGUGAGGUAUCACAAACAACAGUUUUCCAUCUGCUCCGCAUCUUUCCUCCUCUUCCAUCUGAAUAGUGCCACGCUGAGGCCGUUGUCCAUUUGCAAACUAGCAUUGACUCUGUCCAAGGUAACGCCAGCCAGCAGAAUCCUGUGUUUCCUGAGGAUAUAUAUAUUUGUUUUAUGUCAUGAACUCCAGGACGUUUGGACACAUGAAUCAUGCACGAGCAUGCACCAUAUCUGAUUGCCUUACUGGUGUUUUAAAACCAGACGUCACUGAAACAGAGCUCAAGGUAUCUCUCAAACUAUGUGCCGGUGGAACAUUUCAGAUACCUCGUAACUGAUGUCAGUAGCACUCAACAGUGGCUCAGUGCUUUUCCCUUCAUAUAGGUUUGAUUAUUGGGUUUAACCAGGAAUACAUUUGCUUGGUAUUUCAUGUGUUUGAUGGCCUACACAGUAAAGGACAAAGGAGACAAUAGAUGGAGAACUUUUGGACACUGUUGGUGAAAUUAUUUGUCACAUUUGCAGCAGAGCCAUCAGUCUCCUCUGUGUUUCACUCAAAGGAAGUGAUGAGGAAUGACGGAGGCCUUUGAGCCUGCAGACUUUAUCCAGCUUUGCAAACUGUGGCUUCAGUCUGACCACCAGGUGGCGACAAAUCAUAUGUUAUGCAGCUGAUGAAAGUAAACUAGGAGAAGUUGCUGCUGUGAUGUUAUCAGUCUUUAUUGCUUUGAGUCAAAUAUGACUGUGCAUUUUGGUUUGAUUAACAAAGCAUCAGCAUCUCCCGCAUAAUUACACCCAUUUGUUUUCCCCAUCUGAUUUUCUACUGAACAAAAGAUGUCUUAUAUGAACCAAAGCUAGUGUGGAGAAUAGUUAGAUGAAUGUACUUUUUUCUAUGAAUGCAACGUGGAGCUUAACUAACUUCCAACAGUAGAUGUGUUUUCAGUUGUUAUGGUUUUUGUUCUGCCUCGUUCGAACUUGACUCAGUAAAAGAUGAUAGUAAAACUCAAGACAAAUUCUUCAAGCUGUUCAAUAACAAUUCCACAAAGUACCGGGUGUUACUGCAUGUACCCGUUUCUAUUUGAUCCUUUUCUCAACAGAAGAGAAAAGGGAGAUUUUCUUGCUGGCUUUCUGGGAUAAACUGACUCAAACUAUGGGAUUAUAUGAGCUUUAUUCACAGUCAAUACGCUUCAGAUCUGGAAAUCAUUUCAAAGUCUGUGGUUAGAAAAUAACUCUUUGUUAAAAGGAAUGGCAAGAAGGUAAUAUAAUGUUUGAACAGGACUUAAAAUGGUACUUCAAUGUGUGUGUGCAUGUGCUAAUUCAGUGUCACGCACAGUGUGGGAAUUUGGAGUUUCACACAGUUUUCUGAUUUGAAUCUGAACUCAAAUGCUUCCAAAAUUAGCUCUUUUUGUUGAGUUUUUAGGACCUUAUCUUUUUGGUGUGUUGUUCACAUACAUUGCUCAUACUCAAACUCAUUCACUAUGACGUACAAUAACAAAUAAAGCCACCUUAUUAAGUGUUUGAAACAAGCUUCACCUUCACCAGCUGCACCAUACGUACACUAUGCAUCAUUAUUUGUAAUCCAAUGUAAAACAUAAUAUUCUGAAAUGGGUCCUUCUGCUUAUUGGGACUUUUCCAUUGGGACUUUGUAUAGUUAAUAAUAUAUAGUUUUGCGAUUCUUAGAUUAAAUCAAAUCUAAAUUCCACCUUUACUGAGAAAUUCAUCAUAUUUUUGCAGCACUUACAAAUCUUUCCUACCUUUAUUUUACUAACUGAAAUCUCUAAUGCACAUUUGUUUAUACAACCAUAGGCUUGGAAAUCAUUUCAUGUGAUCAAGCAUUAACACCGUGACUUUUCUCUGCAACAUAAAGGUAAACAGAUCACAAAUUGGCUAAAAACGACUCUCAGAAAUCCAGUUUUUGCUCCUCUACCCCCCCUCAGUAUGCAGUAUUAUCAUCAACGACCGUAACCCACGAGUAAAAGAUCCCCAGCUCUUUUUUUCCACUUUCUUUUAAUAACUGCAUGCCUUACUGAAAAGAAAAACCUGUAAAUAAAGUCUACAUAUCAGUCUUUGGAUUGAAGUCUGAAAUAUGAAGCGUUGCAAGAGAGGUGACUUUUUAAUAACCGUUCGAUACACAGCUCUGUGUGCAUGCAAUAAUGUCUGAUUGAUUUUUUCUGGACUCCCAAUUAAUUGUUACCCAGGAUGCAUCACUUCAUUUUCUUUAUGGUUUGUUGUGUCCCCUUUUUUGCCUGGUUGACAUUUACACUGAUGGAGCUUUGAUAGAGAGUGUGGACGCAUAUUUUCUUGCCUUUUUAUUCAAUUCUAUGGAUGCAAAAUGGAUCAGUGUUGCAUCGAAUCACGGCCGUAUGUUUACAGCCAUCGCUUUCUUUUGUGCCAUCAAUGCUUUUCAAAAUAAUAGCGUACACAAAAUGACAUGAUGGGGCCAUUACGGAGACAGCCAUCAGCAGAAGCGCGGCGGCUCAGGGAUACUUCAGGACAUAGAAUUACCCAGAUGGGGAUGGGUUAGGAAGUAAUUAUGGACGAAUGCUGUUCAUGAUGUCUCAAGCCAUUUUGACAAGUUUAAUCGUGUAUCUGCUCUCGUGGGGACUUGAGCAGCUGUUUGCCAAAUUUAACGUAUAGAAAAUGGGCUUAAAGAUGCAACAGGACAAAUGUAACAGGUUCUGAAAGAGCUGUAGCUUCAUUUGAAAGUGUUUUGGGUGGCUCGUGAUAAAGUAGGGUUUGCAAAAGCAGGAAUCAUGAAAUGAGUUAGAUGGAGGACGCUUGGCUAACGACACUGACUUGCAUUAACUCACUAAUUAUGGUUUGCUUUUUAAAAUGAUUUUUGUAUUGUUUUACUUCCACAUUCACCUAUGAUGUUUUUUUUAGCUUUCAGAAUUUAACACAUUUUCUUCCUUGUGUCGUCAUUUAGCCAUAUGUGUAUGAAAGACGUGAAAUCAAAUCCAAGAAUAAUGUAAAAUAUAUAAAUAAAUAAAAUCUAUUUAAAAACACGCCAGAAAAUGAAUAAACUGAAAUACAGUG